GCCAAGAAAAAAUAUUUUUGGGGCGAAGUGUCUUUUAAACCCGUGGUGACUUCGAUAAGCAUGUAAAAGUUUCUUCCCACCUUUUUGGGGCUACACGAUUGGAAGUGACCACGUAUCUAGAAUAAACCUGAAGAUCCAUGUAUGUAGGUAGCUAGGUGGGUAUGUACCUCGGUACCUAUGAGAGUAAGUCAGACAUUAUGUUCGUAUCGUAGUUUGAAAAUGAUGUACAAUAUAUUUAAAUGAUUUCCCAUUCGGACUUUUUAUAUACGAGAAUUCAUAGUGAAAAUACACAAUUUAGCCAGUAAGUCCUGCAACGCUGCAGGACCUAAGUACAUAUACCUGAAAAGUCACCGGGCUUAUUUCGACAAGUCAGAAUUGGGACGGGGUGCAUUUUUUGUAUUCCUCCUCCAUAUCCAGCCUUAAUUGCGAACACGUGGAAUAGGGGAUACUAAGUAAAUUUAUAUAUCGCUAAGCUUCAUUUCCAAACUUAAAACAAAUUUAGCAUUAUUCUUUCAUUCUCCUCUUUGACCUUAAGUAAACCAACAUGGCGUCAUCUCCGACGAGGACAACCCCUCGCAUCAUCGUGUACCACCAAACCACCCACGAUCCCAACGGCAACCUAAUCUCAAUCCUGCCGCUAAUAACCCAACCCAAUAUCUCACUUACCCAUAUAAUCGUAGCAGCAAUCCACAUAAACGAGGAUCCAAACGGUCUAACCCUGAACGACCAUCCCCCCUCAGACCCCCGCUUCAUCACAACAUGGGCCGAACUACGCGUAGCCCAAGCCAGCAACAUCAAAGUCCUGGGCAUGCUAGGCGGCGCCGCGAAAGGAUCCUACGCGCGCCUAGACCAGGACCAAUCUUCCUUCGAGACAUACUACGCUCCGCUCUAUAACCUCAUCCGGGAACGAGAUCUCAAUGGACUAGAUCUCGAUGUCGAAGAAGAAAUGUCGCUGGGAGGUAUCGUGCGGUUGAUCGAUAGACUACGCGCAGAUUUUGGGCCGGAGUUUAUUAUUACCCUCGCGCCGGUGGCGGCUGCGCUUCUAGAUCCGAGGAGGAAUUUAAGCGGUUUUGAUUAUGAGGCGCUAGAGGUUAUGCGCGGUGCCCAGAUUGCCUGGUAUAACGCGCAGUUCUACUGCGGGUGGGGCGAUGCGAGUAGUCCCGUCAUGUACGAGAUGUGCGUCGCGCGGGGGUGGCCUCCGGAGAAAGUCGUCGUGGGACUUGUCACGUCGCCGGAGAAUGGGCCCGGGUGGGUGCCGUUCGAGGUACUCGGCGCGACGUUUGCGGUUCUUCAACGGCAGUAUGCGAAGUUUGGGGGUGUGAUGGGGUGGGAGUAUUUUAAUGCGCGGCCGGGUGGGAAGGACCGGCCUUGGGAGUGGGCGCAGCGCAUGACGGGGUUGUUGAAGGGUACCCAGACCGAAGCUGCGCAGAAUACUGGUACGGCGGGCUCUUUGAAAAUAGGAGCUGGGGAGAUUGAUCCGGAUGUUGGAACCGGGCCGAAGGUUGAGGUUCCGGUGAGCUUUGAGUACUACUCGGAUGGUUUGGACGAGUAGACUGACAAAAUCAUACAAUACCCCUAUAGAUCAAUUUAAGUGACCGUGUUACUAGAUGUGAUGGAAUCUUAGGUCACCGAGGUCAUUACUAAGAACUCCGUGCGCAGAAGCCAUUUUAAUGGAUUCACGGGGCGAUAAAUCCUGUUAGUACUACGCCUGAUUGGGUGAGUUGUA